AUGUGCACGGGAGCGUGCUCCAAGGUGAUAGCGGUGCCCCUCUACGUCCUGGCGUUGGUGUCGGUCAUCUGCAACAUCAUGCUUUUCUUCCCUGACUUUGACACCAAAUAUGCGGCCGACGAUCGCAACGGGAAAGAACGCAUCACCCAGGAGGUUAAAUACAUGGGGGGCUUGAUAGGAGGCGGAAUCAUGGCUUUGAUUCCUGCCAUCCACAUCCACUUGACCAGUUCUGGAAAAUGCUGUGCCAACCGCUGUGGGAUGUUCCUGUCCAUAGGCUUUGCGGCAUUGGGCGUGGCGGGGGGCGUGUACAGCCUCAGCACGGCAGCCCUCGGCCUCCAAAACGGUCCACUGUGCUACUGGAACAAUCUCCUAAACCCCAUUCCCAAAUGGGGCGUUCCCUUCGCCAACAGCACCGGAAGCUACCUGACUGACAAGGAGAUGUGGAAGUGGUGUCUGAUCCCGGAGAACGUGGUUGAAUUCAACGUGGGCCUCUUCUCCACGCUGCUGGUGGCGGCGUGUCUUCAGCUUGUCCUCUGCCUCAUCCAGAUGAUCAACGGACUCUUCGGGUGCAUCUGCGGCACCUGCGGUGGGAAGGAGUGAGUGACCAGAACCACCUUUGAAGACCACCUGGAUCAAUAUGCAUCCUAUUCAUUAUUAUUAUGAAUUAUUUCUGCAUUCUUAUUAUGUUUGUUAACG